AAGUGCCAAGGCGCCUCGCAUGUGCUACCCGAAGUUCUCGCACACCUUGCUAGGACUCCACUCGUAGCAUGGAGCUGUGGGCACGAUGUCGGACUGGACCUAUGAGAUGCUGCGAUAUGCCUUCAGCUGGAAUGACGAGUCCAGCGAGAAGGCCCUCAAGUAUGUGGUCAACGGCCGCAGCCCCGCGGAAUCGAUGUCGGAGUUCCAGAUGCUGGACAUCUUGCUCCUGACCGUGCUCACCGAGAAGGAUGAGGUGGAACGAACCUCCGCCUUGGUCUUUCUCGAGGAGCAUGGGAAAAGCCUCAUCUUCGACGAGCAGCGCUUGCACAAGGUUUACUUUGUGCUCGAGAACAUCCUCGGCUCGCCAGUAGACGGGCAGGGCAUGACCUACUCCUUGAAGUCGCAGGUGCUGGUGACCUACACGGCGCUGCUGAUCCAGUUCAACACCUUCGAGACGGACGUCGCGCGCUUCGAGGGCUUCGUGGACCUGCUCUACUCCAUCGCGAAGCACACCAACAAGUCUGCGGACCGGAUCUUGCGGGCCUAUGCUUGCGAGUGUCUGCAUGAGCUGGAGAGCUGGCACCCAGGGCUCCUGUUCCCCUUGCUGGGAGAGGACUGGCAGGUUCCGCCCAUUUGGGCUCAGGGAAUGACGGCCACUAGCACCAUCAGCUCAGUGGGCGCCAACACCUUGGGCCGCUUGGUGAAUGAUGAGCUGCUGCACAUCCAGGAGAGUUAUGCGCGCCUCUUUUUCACCACGAUCCAGCACUUUACCGAGCAGUUGGUGCAGGAGGCGUUGCGGCACCAGCCGGAGGAACGCCAGGAGCUGGAUUUUACGCCCCUGGCCACCCCCGGCAGCUCGCGCCCGGGGACGCCGCCCGGGCUGACCCCACGGAACGGCGGGGGGAUCCCCGCCAGCCCAGAGGCGGCGUGGGUGGCUCCACCCGCGCGCAGCGAAGCGGUGUUCCGCUUCCAUAUCCCGAGGAACUGCCACGGGGGGCCCGAGUUUGCCUUCGACCUGGCGGCGGAGCAGACGCCCCCCCGGUUGCCCAGGAAAUUGGUGCGGACCAUGACCCGCAGCAUCGGCUUGGUCUUGGAUGCCAUGCCCACGUCCUCCUCCUGGACCAAGAUCUUCAUCGCAGAGCGCCUGAGUUUGUUCGUGCGGGUGCUGGCGUUGCCGCAGCGGGUGGUCUUCCACCACUUCAGCCCGCUGCUGCACGCGUCGAGGCCCUCGCUGCUGCAUGCCUUCAUGGUGGUGAACGCCCUCUUUGCCAAGGAGGUGGACCGCUCCGUGGCGGAGGCGGUGGUGCAGCGCCUCUUCGCGCUGGUGCAGGACGCUGCCAUGGAGCCCUGCUUCCGGCUGCUCUCUGUUAGUUGGCUCACGGCGCUCUCCGCGGCCCAGUCCUUCGAUCUUCUCUGGGCGCGGGUCCAGGAGCUGUGCCCGCGCUGGCACGAUCCGCUGGAGCUCAAGGAGAUGAAGCUCCAGGCGCUCCUUUACUGCUUCAAGAUCUCCAAGGUGCUCCCAAAGAAUUUGCUGAUCGUGCUGGAGUCCCUUUCGGAGUUCAAGCACUGCCAGCGGCCCGUUGGUGCGCAUGCUGUGGUCUUCCGGUUUCUGCUGCGUGUGCUCAUUGACUUUCCCUCGGAGAUGGACCGCUUGGAGGUGCCGCAGGCGCUCUGCGACAUGCUGCGAUCUCAUCUCUUCCUGCUGCCAUCAGUCCUAGCUCUGAAGCAGCGGGUGAACUCGCAGGCGGUUCAGUACAAGCUGCUCCACUCCUUGGGGCACUUUGUCUCGCGGCUGGAGCCGCCCUCCAGGAUCCAGCGCUACUUUGGGCUCCUGGUCAUCCUUUCGGAGACGCAGUGGCUGGACCCCAGCUACGUGCUGACCGCGUUGCAUCGCCUGGUCUUUUGCCCCUCUUGCCUGACCUGGGAGGCGGGCAUGCGCGUGCUGAUUACCUGUCGCAGGAUCAUCCUCUCGCAUCCUCAGGCGGUGAUUUACCAGCCGAUGCUGCGGCUCCUUCAGCACUUGGCCACCUACCAGUCAGAUGUCGACUUGCGAGACAGGGCCCUGCUCUACAUGAGAUGCUUCAAUCACGCCGUGGUCUUUCGGUUUGUCUUUGUCUUCCAUGUCUUCCCGAUCCUGGGCCACUUCAUCGGG